CGUCCCUUAUAUCAAAGAACGUCAUUUGUAAUAUUGUUUUGGUUUAGGAUGCCAUAUUAUGAUUUUUAUUGCGUUGCAUUAAAUUACACUGUUUCCUGCUCCCAGCUUCGACAAUGGGUCAUGGAGAUGGUGUUGGCGAAGGUGCGGGGAACGCCCGUGGGAAAACUAAGAGGAUAGCUGUGCCAGCCAUGCCUAUGCCAAUAGCUGUGAUAUGCUGUAUACUCAACUUCCUUGUGCCUGGUUUUGGAACCAUGUUGGCAGGGUUUAGUGUCUGCUGCUGCUCUCGUAAUGAGGAUAUGGACUGUUGUUCCAAGUUCGGCAGCUGCAUGAUGAGUGUUGGUAUUGGGCUGCUGCAACUUAUCACCACGGCCUUGUUGCUGCUGGGCUGGAUUUGGAGCUGUUUCUGGGGUGUUUUCUUCCUUGGGAUGUCAAGUGAAUAUUACCAUGACAACCCACCAGGAGGAGGCACAGUGAUUCAUCAGCAAGGGCAAACUCAGGCGAUAGUUGUGCAGCCCGGAUCUGCGAACUAUCCACAAGGCUACCCAGUUGCCCCCCAGCAACCCCAGGGAUAUCAGCCCUCCCCUGGGGGCCAGUUCCCAACAGGACAGUCAUACCCUCACCAGCAGUACGGGCCCCAGCCCGGGGGAUACCAGGGCUACAACCAGGGAACUCCCCAGGGACCACCAGGAGGGUAUGGGGAACCCCCGCCCGCUUACACGGAGAGAGACACAUUACCUAGUGCUCCCCCACUUGAAAAAUAGUCAAUAAGUGAUGUGUUAUCAUCAUUGUUUGAUGUUAAUCAAAUGUAUUGGUGCAUUUUAUAUAAACUGCUUACAAAUAUAUAUUUGUUUAGUACUAUAUUAAAUGUCCUGUUUUGUGAUUGCUUCAUUGAAACAAAAAAUAGUGUUUUAGUAUUUGUAAGUGAUUACCAUUUAUGUUUGGCAUGAAUAUUAUGUAAUUUAUAUUUUAUCCUUUAAUAUUAAUCUUUUACAACUUUUUUAAUACAAUUGCAUUUUUGUUUUAGUCUAUUUUACUUUUUCUGUUUUUAUAUAUAUUUUUGUACUUCUUUUAACACUGAUUGCUGUGAUCCACUUGCGUGAUUGAUAUCACAUAAUUUAUUGAUUGGAAUACUGUAUUUUUAUACAAGUUCCUACCAUUGUCAAAAGAAUAGCCUGUUUUUCAAUCCUUCAUUGUGUUCUCAAUAUUGAUGUAUGUUUUUUUUUUCAGUAAAAUUUGUACAUAACCUUUUCAACUAAAAAACCUUUCAAAUGAUAUCAGAAUAAAAUAGGGUCUCUAGGCAUCCAAUAUUCACAUUGUUGUUCAUCAAAUACCUAAAAAAAAGAGAGAAAUAGUUUGCUGUUUGUUAUUUGGUAAGGGCUAUUCCAUUUACCAGUAAACAUAUAACCCCAUUCAUCUACUAUUAAAAUAAUUGCC